AUGGCAGAUGAUUUAAUUGAUAAUCCUUUAAAAUUUAUGAGGAGAGAAGAAAUAAAGAAAGCGAAAAAAGAAGCAACAAAGAAAGCUGCAAUAAUGACAAGAGGACAAUCAACAAUUACCUCAUUCAUGUCAAGUGGUAAUUCACCACCAUCAACUAAUAAACAACGUCAGCCAAUAUCCAAUAUAAGUAGUAGUAGUAGUAGUAGUAGUAGUAGUAGUAGUAGUAGUAGUAGUAGUAGUAGUAGUAGUAGUAGUAAUAGUAGAUUUAGAAGUAAUGGAUCAUUAAGAUCACCACCUUCCUCACCACCUAAUGAUUGGAAAUCAAAACCUGAACAUCCAGCAAAGAGAACCAUUAUAUCAAAUGGUAGACCUCCACCAACAUCUUCAAUUAGAAAACCUCCAUCAUCAUCAUCAUCUUUAUCAAGUAAUACAAUACCUCCAAAACCAACUUCAUCAACUUUAAAAAAGAAAUCAUCAGCUACAACUACAACUACAACAUCAACUACAGCAACAGAGAAAUCAAAUAAAAGAAAAACAAUGGAUACAAAAUCUGAUAUAGAAUCAGAAUCUGAUUAUAUUUUACCAAAAGGUUCUAAAAAACUAUAUAACAUUUCAUUAGAUGAUUUAUUAAAAGAAAAGAUUGAAAAAGGUUCAUUUCAAGAAAAUAUCGAUACUGAUAAAAUGUUAUUCGUUGAUGAUCCAACUUUAAAAACAAGUAAAAUUAAAGAUGAUUCAAAAAUUGAUGUAAAUUCAUUAUUAGGAAAAGGUCAUGAUUUUGAUGAGAAUGCAAUUAAUCAAUUAUCAAAUUUAUAUACUACACAAGAUUUAUUUUUAGAGAAUUCAUAUCAAAAUUGUAUAGAUACAGAUAAACCAAUACCAAAUGUAAUCGAUUUGAAAAUGACCAAAAGUGAUCUUUUAAAAUAUCCAAUUUUACAAGUUAUUGGAGAUUCUGUUGAUUUUGCCCUAUUAAAUACUUUACAAUGUAUGCUCGAAAUAUCUUCAAUUGAAAAUUUACCACCAGUUUUCAUUCAUUAUAUAUUUUCAAAUCUUUGUUAUGAACAAAAUGAUUUAUUAGUUUCACAAUCAUUUGAAUUAUUAAAAUCAGUUAGUAAAAAAAUAUUUAAUUCAAAUCAUUUUAAUGUUGGUGGUGAUAAGAUUUCAAAUACUUUUUUAACAUUUAAUGAUUAUAUUAGUGUUUUUAAAAGUUAUAAUAUUGAUAUUGAUUUCGAUACAAUAAAUUAUUUUAAUGAUACUUCAAAAUCAUUCUCUUCAAUUCCUAAAACAAAUAUUAGUAAAAAUUUCCCAUCAAUUAAUUUAUAUAAAAUUUUAGAAUUAUUGAAAAUAUCAAUUGAAAAACAAAGUUUUAACAUUUAUCAAAUUAAAAAAUUAAUUAAAAUUAUUAUAACAUUAUCAUUGGAUUCAAAAUAUUCACCAAAGAUACCAAUGAAUCAAAAUAAUGUUACACCAUCAGAUGGAAAGAAUGGAUCACCAUCUUUUUUAACAUCAAUUCAAACUUUAUCAAAAGAUCAAAUUACAAGUGAAACUAAAUUAAUGAAUUGUAUAACAUUAAUGAAAUCAAUUGUAACUCUUUUAUUAAAUCAAUAUUUUGAUGAAAAUAAUCAUUUAAAAGAAUUUCAAUUAAAAAAGAAUAAUAAUAGCAGCAGCAGCAGCAAGAAGAAUUUAGAUAACGAUAUUGAUAAUGAUUCUGAUAUUGAUAUUGAUAUGGAUAGGGAUGAUGGUAUAGAUUAUAAUUUUCAAUUUAAUUUAAUUGAAACUAUGGUAGAAUUAUUUGAAGAGAUAAUUUCAGUUGUUGGUGAUAAAUUUAAAUUUAGCUUAUAUACAAAGAUUGCAAAAUUUUUACCAACAAAUACAAAAUAUAGAAUUCAUGAACGUUUCUCUUUAUUUUGUAUUUUUAAAAUAUUAGAACAUAGUAAAUCUUUAAAAAAGAAAGAAAAAUCGAAAAAAGAUAAAAAGAAAUCAAAGAAAUCAAAGAAAUCAAAGAAAUUAUCACCUGAAAAUGAAAAUGAAAAUGAAAAUGAAAAUGAAAAUGAAAAUGAAAAUGAUAGUGAUAUUGAACAAAAAGAAAAAAAAAAAGAAAAAGAAAAAGAAAAAGAAAAAGAAAAAGAAAAAGAAAAAGAAAAAGAAAUGGAGAAAGGUUUUGAUAUGAUAUCAGUUGAAAUAUCUGCAAAAGAUAUACCAUCAGUGGUAUCACCAACAACAACUACAACAACAUCAACAACAUCAUCAUUAUCUCCAUCAGACUCACCAUUAUUAACAACUACAACGUCAACUUCUACAACGACAUCAACAAAUGAAAUUAUUAUUGAAUUUUUAAAAUCAAAUGAUAUUUUAAGCUCAUUAAUUAAAAUGAUUGAACCAUAUGUUUUAAGAAUUAAACAAAAUGAUUGUGUAAUUUUAAUGGUAAAUCUUGUUCAAUUAGUCAGUAUUGCUAUUGAUAGUGUUUCUGAAAUUAGAAAACAUGCUUCAGAGAUUGGUUCUGUCAUUAGAAAUUGGAAUGGAAAUAUUAGAGAACCUGAAAAUAUUGAUUUUAAUAAAUCAAGAAUUAAAGAUACAUUAGUUUUAAUUCAAAGCAAAAUAUCUGGUUUAGUUAUAAAACCAACUGACACAAUUGAAUGUUAUUUCGAUAGAAUUAAGAAGAUUAAUUAA